UUUGUACACGUUAGAUGUAAGAGGGAAAACAAAUGUGGAACUGAUGUUCUAUUAAGAAGCGUCAGCUCCUAAAUCUUGGAAAAUGACACGAAAACAUAAAAAUGAUCACCACCACAGUCAUCGUGAAACAAAGGCAGUCCAAAGAAAGAGAAAUAAAUCGGAAAACGAACACGACGUCGAAGCUAAGUUAAAUGGACCGGCGAUCAAACCAAAACCCAGGCACAAAAAGCCACUCGACCAGUCGCAGCAGAGAAAAAUGGCAUGGAUUAUACUGUUUGUAUUAGCAGUAAUUUUAGGAGCAACUGUCUACAUACGCUAUCAAAUUCAUCUUCAGGAGUUGGUGAUUACUCCACUUAAUGUUCCUAAAAUGAUAGCUGAAAACGCGUCAUCUGCAAAAGUGACGCCAGAAAAAUUCUGGGGAACCUAUCGAUCAAAUCUGUAUUUUGGCUUGAAAACACGGUCUCCAACUUCUCCAGUAGUUGGCUUAAUGUGGUUAGAACAAGCGAGAACUAUGCCUCCCCCAAUCCGACACUGGUGUAGUCAAGAUGAUAGAUUACAUCAAUAUGGUUGGCUCAAACAUGAUGGAGUUAACUUUGGCAUCCAAGAUAUUGUAGAGCAAAAUUUCAAUAUAACAACAUCUUAUGUAAAGAGACAAGGAGGGGAACAUGGCGGUGAUUGGACAGCUCGAAUUACAGCUAUCCCCAAAGAUGUCAACAGGCCUGUUAUACUGUCUCUCAUGUUUUACGUGGCAUUGGAUGGUCAAGGCUCUUUAACACCAAACAUUAUGAAAAAUAGAAUGGACUCUAUUGAUGGACAAUCACUAGAACUGGGCAACUUCAAGUUGUCAUUUCCCAAAGCUAAGGAUGGUAAAGGAACAAAAUACCACCAUCUAAUUUCAUAUGCUUCUAGACUUGACAGGCUCAAAGACCUGUUACAGAAUUCUCUGCAGACUGACAGCUUUAAUAAAGAAAGGACAAUUCCAUUCUUUGCUUUAGCAGGACGUCUUGUUCCGAGAGAUAGUCCAGAUCCAAAUUUCAUGGUUCAUCAAAUCACAGCACAGCUACCAUUAGAAAUGGAAGUUGUGUUUGAAUCAGGAAGCCAUAGUGCUCGACAUGAAUCUCUCCAGGGCGAUUUAUACUCCCACAAACUAGCAAAAUUUGCUAAAGAUUUCGAUAAUAAAUUUUCUGAAGUAUUUGAUAUUGAUAAAAAAGGUUAUAAUGCAGCGGAAAUUGAUUUUGCAAAAGCUGCCCUGAGUAACAUGAUUGGCAGCAUAGGAUAUUUCUAUGGCUCUUCACUUGUGAAGUCAAAGUACAACAAAGAACCAAUUUAUUAUUGGCCUGCCCCUUUAUACUCAGCAGUCCCUUCCAGAUCCUUCUUUCCAAGAGGAUUUCUUUGGGAUGAAGGUUUUCACAAUCUUCUGAUCAGCCAGUGGGAUCCUGAAAUAUCAAAGGACAUUAUUGCACACUGGUUAGACUUGCUCAAUGCCGAGGGCUGGAUCCCUCGAGAACAAAUUCUGGGAGCAGAGGCCAGGGCCCGAGUUCCUGAUGAAUUUGUCGUACAAAGAAAUGAGAAUGCUAAUCCCCCUACUUUGUUCUUGCCCCUUCAGCGUUUGAUUAAAGACAUGAUAACAAGCCUUGAUCCAAAAGACAAGCAGUUCUUAACGGCAGUGUUUCCAAGACUGCAGAAAUGGUUCAGUUGGUUCAACACAACACAAGUGGGAAAUGAGCCUCUUACCUACUACUGGAGAGGGAGGGAUGAGAAAACAAUUAAAGAGUUAAAUCCUAAGACUCUGACUUCAGGUCUUGACGAUUACCCCCGGGCUUCUCAUCCAAACUCAAAAGAGAGACAUCUGGAUUUGAGAUGUUGGAUGGCGCUGGCAUCAGGGAUUCUAGCAGACAUUGCUAAGACACUUGAACAGGAUUCAAAAGAGUAUGAGGCCACGCAUCAAGUUCUGACAGACAAUACUUUAUUAGACAAGUUGCAUUGGUCUCCAAAGAAGGAACGCUAUUGUGAUUAUGGACUUCAUUCUAACAGAAUCAUUUUAAAGAAACCCAUGCCUCCCAAAAAUAUACAACCAGGACAACCAUAUGACCAAGACAAGAUAAGAGAUGUGAAAACAGAACCGAAGAUGCAGUUUGUGGAGUCUUUUGGAUAUGUUUCUUUGUUUCCAUUCAUGCUGAAGAUUGUAGAACCCAACUCUCUAAAACUGUAUAAAAUCUUAAAUGAUCUCACCAAUACAGAUUUACUAUGGACCAACUAUGGACUUCGGUCUUUGGCAAGAAAUGCGCCACAGUAUCAGAAACGGAACACUGAGCAUGACCCUCCAUACUGGAGAGGGGCCAUCUGGAUAAACAUGAACUAUCUCACCCUUGGUGCCCUACAUCACUACUCCAACACAGCCGGCCCAUAUCAGCAUCUAGCUCAGGGCAUAUACAAGGAUUUACGUGCAAAUAUAGUAAAUAAUAUAAUUAAGGAAUAUUAUAGAACAGGUUAUAUUUAUGAACAGUACAAUGAUAAAACUGGUGAAGGGAAAGGCAGCCAUCCCUUUACUGGGUGGUCAGCUCUGGUUGUACUCAUCAUGGCAGAAAAAUAUUAGACUAGUCCAAAGUUCAGGUUUAUUGUGUUCAUUCAGGUAUAGAUGAAUGUCUGUUGAUUGUGUGAUGAUAACUAGAUGGAGUUAAACAAGUGUUCUAUAAUGAAAUAUCAGCCAUCCUCAUUUGAUUACUGUGUUCUGUCAGGUAUAGAUGAAUGAUUAAAUGUCUGUUGAUUGGACAACGAUAACUAGAUAAAACUUUACAAGUAGGAUUUUUUAUAAAUUUGUAAAAUCAGCCAAUCUCAUUUGAUUCAUACAUUUUUCAUUUUAUGCUGCACAAUGUAAAACAGAUAUACCAUUGAUGGUCUUUUCAUGUUUUGUUUUAAUAUUAUAGAUGUUAUAAUUGUAUUCAUAAUAUAUUGUCAAUGAAUGGAUGUUAAUUGAAAAUGGUUUGCAUGUUUAUGCAUGUAUAGAUGUGUGACAGUCAGACGUUUUUGAAUACCAGCGCCAGAUAGCGCAGUUGUUAGAAUACAUGACUAGAGAAUCAGGGAGCGAAGGUUCAAAUACCAGUCUGAUCCAUCAUUAUUUCUCCCAUUCUGAUACAAUUGGUGCCAUGACCAGGAUCAAAUGUAUCUGGAUGACAGACCAAACCAGGAUUCAAACCUAGGCCCCCUGAAUCUCUAGUCAGGUGCUGUACCAAUUGAGCUAUUUGGCACUUGUUUUCGAUCCUGUCUGAUUGUCACAGAUGUAAUGAAUUGCAGUGCAUGAAUAAAGAUAUUAAAUCAUC